AUGGAAGACAUAGGCAAUAACAUGCAUGGACCGUUUAGGAAAGUGAACAUUCUGAGCUCCGCAAUGCCAGGAGUAAACGAUCUAUACGCCUUAAUGCCAAAAGAAGCAAAAGCAGAACUUGAAAGACGCUAUGGCAGAAUCCUUGACUUGUUGAGAAUAUCCGUGGAUCCUGCCUUCAUGAGAGCUUUGAUACAUUUCUGGGAACCAGAGUUCCGUUGCUUCCGUUUCCCACAUUUCGACAUAGUGCCCACCCUUGAGGAUUAUGACCUAAUGAUUAAGUGGCCCAAGUCAAGAGGAGUCUUCUUUGUCCAAGAAGGAUGUAUAUCCUCAGAUAAGGUAGCCGAAUUGAUUGGAUUACCCCUCCACCUGUCUAUUCUGGAAGGAAAUGGAGCCAUCAAAGGAUGGAAGCUCUCCAUUUUGGAAGAACAUCUUUCCCUUCUGAUUCACCAAGGGAACUGGAUGACUUUCAACAAGACCUUAGCCUUAAUCUUUUUUGGAAUAAUCCUCUUCCCUUUUCAUGAGAAGGUGAUAGAUCAUGUUGCAAUCGAUGCUUUCUUUGCUUGGGACGCUCACUCGAAUAGUCCUAUACCUGCCAUCCUUGCUGAUACCCUGAUUACGAUCAACUUCUGCCAACAGAAAUCGGGAAAACAGAUUAGAUGUUGCAAUCCACUCCUUUACGUGUGGGAAUACACUCAUUUCUUUGCCAAGAACCAUAUGGGAAAGCUACCUGAUCCAUUAAGGAGUUUUCAUAGAAUUCCUGCACUAAGGAAGUACGCCAUGGCAUGGAAAGCCGAAAUGGAGGACUGUACUAAAGAAACUCUCACAUGGAUGUGUCCUUGGUUUCGGCCAAGUCACAUGUUAGUACGAUGUGGCAGGUUCUCUAAUCUACCUUUAAUGGGAUUAAGAGGAUGUAUAGCAUAUUCACCAAAGCUGGUACUAAGGCAACUUGGAAGGACACAAACUCUACCAAACCAAGAAGAUUUUGGAGGAAUUUGCUUCCUCUACACCUCAGGGAAGCAAUCACAGAUUGACGUCAUAAAAAAGGUUUGGAAUAAGCCACUUUAUUUUAGAGAUAGUGAGCUCGACAAGCCUUAA